AUGGGAGUGGGUCCAAGCUGUCAAGGUUACCCACAAGGUGGAAGUGUAGGAGCUUCCGGCCUGGAGGCUGAAGCACUCCUUCGAUAUCCACCAGCCAAAUGGUCUGGCUGGGGAUGCUCCCUGUCAUGGCUUGGCAAGGCCCUGGGCUGUUGCAGAGAGGCUGAAAGCUGGGCUGAUCUGCUUUUCUCCACUCGAGACGUCCCAGUGCAAAGCCUAUGGCCCAACUGGGCUGGAGCAUAUAUGCCUCCAGCUGUCCCUGGCCUUGGAUUGAGCAUUGCCCGCUACAACGUUGGAGGGUGUGGACGACCUGAGGAACAAACCGGUCAUCCAUAUGGUGGAAGCAAGGUUAGAGGGUGGUUUGCCUUGAUAGAAGGCUUCCAACCUAUGGCAGGUGGUGAAUUUGACUGGAGCAGAGAUGAAGGACAAAGAAACUUUUUGCACUUGGCUGUUGAACGAGGAGUGGAUCAGGUUGAGCUGUUCGCAAAUGCACCAAUGUGGUGGAUGAGCAACAGUGGUUCCUCGUUCGGUGGUUCCCUGGCCCAGCCCGAUGAGUUUGCGAGCUACUUGGGCGAGGUUGCAUCACAGGCAUGCAGUGGCUGGGGGGUGCCCGUCCGAUCUGUGGCUCCUUUCAAUGAACCAUCAGCUGAUUGGUGGAUGUUUCCCCAUGAUCAAGAAGGAUGUAAGGUCAGUGCUGCACAACAGGCCAGGGUUAUAGCUAGACUUCGAGAUGAGUUGGACCAAAGGGGGCUUAGUGAUGUGGUUAUUGCAGCCAGUGAUGAGAAUCGCCCCGAUCAAGCGAUUCGAACCUGGCAAGAGCUUGGUAGAGCAGAUGUCGCUGGCGGGCCAUCAGGAAGCUAUGUCGGCUGUUUGAAUGUGCACGCCUACGACGGCUUGGAACCUUGGUUGGAGUCACGCCACCGUGGUUAUCGUUCAGCCUUACGAAGGCUUGCUACCCUAGCCAGGGUUCCCUUGUGCGUUUCGGAGCAUGGCAAUGGAGAUAGCAAUGGUGUCACCUUGGCCCAAGUGAUUUUGGAGGACUUCCACUACCUACAACCAGCUUCGUGGUGCUAUUGGCAACCAGUAGAACAUCAUUCAAGCUGGGGACUUGUUGAGGCUGACUUUGGUGACACACCCUCUCAGGAACCCCGAGCUGCAGACUUGCCCCACCCCAAAUACUUCAUUUUUGCUCACUUUACUCGCUUCAUCAGACGUGGAAUGAUUAUGCUGCAUUGUUCGGAACCAUGGGCAGCAGCCUCUUUUGCUCCUGAAGAGAACUCUUUGGCUGCCGUGAUUUCAAAUCCAAGUUCGGUGUUGAGCCGGCAGCGCCUUCGAUUGCCUGCGUUUGUGCCUAAAGGCCGAGGGAGUGAGCGACGGCGAGUUCAGGCUGUUCUCACUGAACCACAACGUCGACGACUCUUUGUACCAUGUGAAGUAGAGGUCCAAGAAGCUGCUGGUUGCUUGGAACUGCUUGUAGAGGUUCCUCCUAGAGCUAUUUGCUCAGUCUUGUUGCCAAAUGUCUCACUGAUUGCAGGCAAGUCUUCAGUCCAAGAAAGCACCAUGGGUGUGGAUAGUCCUGCUCAAGCUGGCAAGCUACGAAAGCAUAGCCAUGAUGCUGACAUCGGUGUGACCGUCCAAAUGAUCUCUUCAAUGGCCCGUGCAGCUGCUGAAGGUGCUGCAUUGGAACGUUGGCUGGGGCAAGCAGAUUUGCAAACGAUGCGGUGCUGGUCCCGCUGGGAACACGAGUGUGGCUGUGCCGCUACAGCUUUGGAUGCAAUUCCACCAGCCAUGCCACAAAACGAAUCGGGCUUCAAUGACUUGAUGGAAGCUGUUUGCGCUGCUGCUUGGGGUGCUGAGGUGACAGUGAAAGGCCCAAAGGCCAAAGUUGCCAAGGCAAUGACCAUGCUCAAAGUGUUGGUUGCUUUUAAAGAAGCGGCCUCCCCAGAGGCCGGCAGCCCGGAUUCUGGGAUAGGCCCUGGCCUCAUCACCCCGAGCGUGGGCUUUGUCAUUGGUUUGCCUGUGGCUUUUGCCGAGACGGCAGAGAUGAUGAAGAUGGCUGUGAGUUCUGCACCAGAUGGAUCCGAGUCGCAAGCGAAGGCACCGGAGGCACUAGAGGCACCCACGCCCCAACACCGGGAACCUGAGUCCGUGGGGCCCGGAAAGACAGAGUUGGAGCACUUCAGCCAACUGCCCAUUCGCAAAAGGACGGUCCCUGCUGAGCAGUGGGAGAAGGAAGUCUUGAAGCCACAUCGCCGCUUCGUCACAUUUUCCUACAUUCCCUUGCACUGCUCACGACAAACAAAAGACAACAUCAUCAUCGGAGUCCUUUUCUACAACUCUUGCAGUGAGAAGUCGCAGAAAUCGCAGAAUCGCGAAGAGUUUGUGAAAUGGCGUUUGACAGAUCUCGCGCAACCAGAGCCGCGCAACAUCACUGUGCAUUUGAGAUGGCAAGCAUGCUUGCACUGGCGCAAGCGCGAGCAUGUGGCUGAGGCAAGCCGUGGAUCCAUGAUGGCGAUCCUGAACCCACAACUCAUUGAGGCAGCAAACAAGAUUGGCACCAGUGAGGCCCGGUUGCUGGUGGAGAAUCCCAAACAAAUCGAAAAAUUGGGUGUAUGUCCUAUUCUGGGCUCCUGCAAAAAGAAGGGCUGUAAUCUUCCAUGCAAUAGCUCACUUAACGAGACCUACUGCCGCCAGCACUUGGACCUUGCCAACAAAUCCAAGUGCGAAGCCACAGCUGGUCGGGAAGACGAGACACAGCUGCUUGGCCUGAAGCGCCAUGCGUCUGAGUCGUUGGCUGAAGCCAAAGUUGCUAAAACGGAGGAUGCGCGAUCCGCCGGUAAAGAAGUGGAUUCAGUGGAUGCAGCUGCAGAGACAAAGGCAAAGAUGGCAAAGGAGCAGCUGGGACGCGCGAAGGAGGAGCAGCAGAAGAGGCUGGAGUUGGCCCUGCUUUUAGAUGAAAGGCGGUUUCACACUGCGGAAGCCAACAAGAGCUAUCAGAAGUUUGUACGCAAGGGGAUGAAGAAGGAAGAUGUCGCAAUGUCUCGAGUGCCACAGCUGGGGCGUGGCUUCGAUAGUUCCGGCUGCCUCGAAGUCGUUGUUUCGAUGGACGAGAUGCGCACGGAAGACAUUCUCUUCGUAAGCCCAAGGGACUUCGAAGUCCAGUCGCUGCUGCCGAGGCGCUGUUCCUUAAAUGGAGCUGUGGAUUACGGUUUACAGGCCGCCAACGGCGAAGAUUAUCGGCCACUUGCCAAUUUGGUGGAACACAUUGGAGAACAGUUCAAGCUAAUUGUGCUUGA